AUGAGUGAUUAUCCUGAUAUGGAUGAAGAAUAUGAGCUCAUGUAUUCAGAUGAACUGGAAUUAAUGAGAGAAGUGGAAGAUCAUUCAAAUACUAAUCCAGUCCUAAAAAAAGCAUUUCCUGCCAAACGAAGUCUGGACUUUUCGAGUCCCAGCAGACCGGCCAGAGAUAUUAUUAAUACACCUAUUCAUAGUACGCCUGUUUCAAAAAAUAUAGAAGAUAUACAAGAUGAUACACGACCCUAUAAACGAACUGCAGAGGAACUAUUUGGUGAUAUAGAUGAUAUUGAUUUUGAUUCUAUACAGCUACCAAGUAAAAAGCAAAAGACGGAGGAAGAAAAUGAUCUUGAACUUAUUAACAAGAUCCUUGAAAAAAGACGAUUAAGGCAAAUGUUAAAUGAGCCAAAUAUCAGGCUUCAAGCCGAUGUUUUAACUAACUAUUGUGUGAAAGAUAACCUCUCUCUUAAUAUACCUAGGUGGCCGUUUAUGCCCUUAACAAAUGACAAUGGUGACAGAGUGUAUGUGCGAUUAGAGUCUGAAGAUUCAUGGGACAUCUCAUUGGAUGCUUGUAGCAACGGAUUGACAUUACACUCUACAUUUGCCAGUGUUUGGGAUGAAGCUAGAAAAAUUUUUGAUAGUAAGGAACAACAAACCACUACCGAAGAGAAUGAAAACAAAGCUCCAGAAAUACCUACAAAUGGGAAUGCGGAGCUAUGGGUGGACAAGUACAGGCCAAGUUCUUAUGUAGACUUGUUGUCGGAAGAGCCUGUAAAUAGAGCUUUACUAUACUGGCUACAUUUAUGGGAUAAGAUAGUCUUCAAGAAGGACGUCAAAAUCAAAGAACCGCAACAGCAGAACAAAUUCAGUAAGCGAACUGGGCAGUUUCAAUUGACCAAUAAGUGGAAAGGUAAAAAAGAAACCGAGGUUGAUUUAGAUGAAGACGGAAGACCUCAUCAUAAGGUUGCGCUGUUAUGUGGGCCACCUGGAGUUGGGAAGACGACAUUAGCUCAUUUGCUGGCAAAGCUAGCAGGUUACAGACCCGUCGAAUUGAAUGCAUCGGACGAACGCAGUACGGAAGCGUUCCAAACAGCUCUUCAAAGUGCAACUCUUAUGAGAUCCGUUUUGGAUGCAGAUAAGAGGCCAAAUUGUCUUAUAUUAGACGAAAUAGAUGGAGCUCCGAUUCAAACAGUAGAGUUACUGGUGAAAUGGUGCACUGCUAGUAUGAAAAAGGAAGAAGGCAAGAAGAAAGGCAAAACACACCCACUGCGGAGACCAGUUAUAGCUAUCUGCAAUGACCUAUAUGCUACAUCGUUACGGCCGCUGAGGCCAAUAUCCCUAAUAGUGACCGUGAACUCGGUCAGCGCGGCUCGUCUUUCUGCACGUCUGAGCGCGGUGGCGAAGUGUGAGAGAUUGUCCAUCCCGCCUCGGCUGCUCACCGCGUUAGCUGCGCGCGCGCAAGGCGACGUGCGUAGCGCUCUACACGUGCUUAGCUUCUGCAGGGCGAGAGGAAAACCGCUGAAUAUAGAGGAUAUAGAGAACUCGUCGUUGGGUAUGAAGGACUGCAACAAGACGAUGAUGCAGGCACUGCAGUCCAUAUUCACUGUUGACGACAACGAUGCGAACGCUUGCCUUAAGACUGUCCAAGCGGCUGGCGAAUAUGACAGACUCGCAGAUGGCAUCUUCGAGAACUACAUAUUAGCGCGCGUCGAUGCCAGGAUGCACGUGGCCUGCGAAACCACCUCCUGGCUGCGGUUAUACGACUUAAUGUAUUCUUGGACGCUGAGGAAUCAGAACUAUUCCCUAUACGGCGCGUUGCCCUACUGUUUAUCACGGUGUCAUUCUGUGCUUGCCUCGCGACAACCUAUACGGGUCAAGUUUCCCAUGCAAGCGCAGGAAAUGAAUCGCAAAAAGACCGAGCUGGAGAGUAUAGUGGGGUCAGUCUGGCGAGGCAGCGCGCCCUCUGUCCUCGCGCCGAGGAAAACGUUAACCCUGGACGUUAUACCUCUCCUGCCUUAUUUGCUGUCACCGCAGCUGAGGUCCGCUAAUGUCCAGUUAUGUAGUGAAAGUGAAAAGAAAUCGGUCACGGUUUGCGCGGGAGCCAUGUGCGAUUACGGAUUGCAGUACGUGCAGCAGCGGGGCGCGGACGGGCUGUACGCCUUUGUGUUGGAACCCGAUGUGCAUAGAGCUGCUUUCUUAGGUAACGUCGAUCGAGUGAAGACCAGUCCAGCGGUGCGCCAAGCGAUAGCGCAAGAACAACAACUUGAAAUGAUUCGACGGAACGAUCAAAUGAUGACGAAGAACAGUAAGAAGAAAAAGACGAAAGAGGUUGAAAAAGCGAAAAGUGAAGUAAAGUUGCCCAACCACCUGCAAAGGCUGCAGCCGAAGACAGUGGAAAAGACAACUCCGCAGGUUCACAAAGACUUCUUCGGCCGGAUCGUUCCUCUGGCUCAAGCGCAGAAACAAGGCGCAGUAUCCGAUGCGAUAUCGUCGAGCGAUGUCUUCUAUCAGUACAGAGAAGGGUUUAACAAUGCUGUCAGAAGGAAUGUCCGAAUGCGGGAUUUGCUGUGA